AAGAAUUUGAACAAGUACCUUGAAAAUGUCGACGAUGAUUUCCUGUAUCAUUUCGGAUUUGGGCUGAAGACAGUCGAUAUUCCCAAAACUUUUGCAGACGUCAAGUUCGUAUGCACUGGUGGUUCUCCGACAAGACUGAAGCUGUACGCUGAAUGGUUUUCCAAAGAAUGCAAACUGGACUGUAGUGAUAAUCUCUCAAAAAGUGACCGAUUCGUCAUGUACAAGACUGGGCCAGUACUGUGGAUCAAUCAUGGUAUGGGAACACCAUCAUUGAGUAUCAUGUUGGUUGAAGCACUGAAACUCCUACACCAUGCAAACGCUAAGGACGUCAAAUUCAUUCGUUUGGGGACCUCUGGAGGAGUAGGAGUUGAGCCAGGUACUGUAGUCGUUACUACGAACGCAAUGAAUGCUGAACUCAACGAUAAAUACGUGCAAUGGAUUGGUGGAAAGAAGGUACCGAAAACUCGUCCUACUUUAUCCUUUCUGCCUUUUCCGAACCUUAUUGCACUUGCCAACGAGAAAAAAAUACCGGUAGAAAGUGGCUUGACAAUGUGCGCGGACGAUUUUUACGAGGGACAAAUGCGAUUGGAUGGCUUUUUCUGUGAAUACAAAACAGAGGACAAAUUCGAUUUUCUUAAGAGAAUUCACGAAAAAGGAGUAAGAAAUAUCGAAAUGGAAAGCACAUGCUUUGCAUCGAUGACGUUCCGGGCAGGUGUAAAAGCAGCUAUUGUAUGUGUGACGCUGUUGAAUCGUAUGAAAGGCGAUCAAGUGAAAAUUCCACACGAUCAGUACAUCGAAUUCGAGGAGCGACCGUUCCGUCUCGUUACUGCCCUCAUCAAAAAAUAUCUCGGAAUCAAUUAA